CGAAGAUGAUUGGCUAGUUAAAUUUUUUGACCUGCCUAUGUUAGAUUGAUUGCAAUGAACUAGUUAGGCUUAUUCGUAUGCAUAAAGCCUUCCCUAUCUAGUCUAUAUAGGCUCGUAUUGCCAUCAUAGCUGAUCUAAGCUCCCUUUGUUAUUGUUUUGACUGGUAAGCGUAGUUUACUAUCAUUGGUAUCUUAUACGCUUAUAUUUGCUUUUAUGCGAUGGAGCAUCUGAUUUCGGAUUGAAAUUUUUUUCCAGAUACAUUGGGACUAUUAAAUAAUCAUGAAUAAGACUAAAGAUAAGAAUAAACCUAAGGGUCCUAUGUCUGCUUAUGCCUGUUUUGUACAAGUUAUUCGAGAAGAGCACAAAAAGAAGCAUCCUGGUGAACAAAUUGUAUUCAGUGAUUUUUCAAAAAAAUGCGCAGAACGAUGGAAGUUAAUGACGCCAAAAGAGAAGAAACGAUUCGAAGAUCUAGCUGUCUUGGAUAGAGAACGAUUCAAUCGUGAAAUGUGUGAUUACGUGCCACCAGAUGGCAUGAAAAAAGGGAAGAAACGCAAGGGUCCUAAAGACCCCACAGUACCUGCACGAGCCUGGUCUGCUUUCUUUUUCUUCUGUGAUGAAUUCCGUUCAAAAGUCAGAGAAAGCAAUCCGGAUUGGAAAGUUGCAGAUAUUGCUAAAGAACUUGGACGUCAAUGGGAAACUUGUCAAGAUAAAGCAAAGUAUGAACUAUUAGCUCAAAAAGAUAAACAGCGUUAUGAAGAGGACAUGAUAAAAUAUCGGGCCGGGACUUAUGUUCCUAGAGAGAAGAAACUUGCAGGUGCUGUGUCAAACUCUGCAUCUAUCAGGACUUCUGAAGCUCAGAAUCCAGAUUGUGCUACAGUGACCAGUGCUGGAGGUGAUGAAAACGGUGCGGAGUUAGAAGAUGAAGAUGACGGCGAACCUGAUGAGGGUGAGGAAGAGUGAAGAUCAGAACAUUAGGUUUUUGAUAACUCAGUUGUACAGGUUUAUUGCAUUUAUAAUGUUCUAAUCCCCUUCCAAUUCUUACCUAAACUUUGUAUACAUUGGUUUUAUUGUUAUUUUUGUAUCAUUCAUAAAUUGAAUGUACAUCAUUCAUACUUUGACUUUCGUUUAUUGUGUGAUGUAAGAUUCUGAUAAACAUAUAUAUUAUUGUUCAUUAUUGAGUGUUACUGUAUUGUAAUUUAUAGUAGUACAGUUAUAUUCACGAGCUCGACUUUUCAACGUUUGAAAUAAGGAGACGGCAUGUUGUAUAUUCUUGUGUUUUUUUUUCCUGGACUAACGGGUACGUGUGGGUCCUUUUCUAGAGUAUCUAGUCUUAAAUAAGUUGGUCGGAAACCCGGACCAAUUCUAUAUUAUAUCCCGAAAGUUGGCUUAUCAAUUGGGAAACCUAUACAGCAGGGGAUCUCUCAUUCUUGACUUGUAAGCUCAUCUGCUCUACUAUUGUUAUUCUUAUUUAGAUGAUUGUAAGAGAGGGCUAAAUCAGCCCCAGAACUGUGGUUAAUUCGCUAAAUAAUCUACGAUGGAGUGAUGUGAAUAAUCCUGACCCCGGACACUUCAGUACAUACGAGUUAUAGCACUAAGUUUCCCCUAAAGAUCCGAACCACUAGAUUUCAUGUUAACAUGUCACCAAAAAGCCACUUCCUGUGUGAUAAGCAUCAUAAAUAUUCACUGAUUACUUUCCUAUCAACGAAAAGUCAGUUAAUCUUCCCAAAACUCCAUGAUAUAAGAAGGAUGAAAAUGUCAAUCAUAACGUAGAACGAAAAGGCUGGGAAGUAUGGAUGGUAACAUUGUCUGGACUUUAGUUAAAGAAUAUUCAUAUAUGCAUAGCUUAGCGGGAUUAGCACAUCCGAGUUACAGAUGAGAUGUCACAGUUUGGUAAGUGAAUAUGUAUCCAAAACUCCAUGUAGAAAGAUCUGUUUAAUCUCUGUUAUUGGGGUGAUCUUUCCCAUCAACUGAACAUGAUGCUUCCUCUACGAUACCAGACAAUGGAUUAGAAUACUAAACAGGAAAAAGCGUUAUUUACUUUGAUAUAGUAUCGCAACGUACUUUCACUGAAUCUGGUUGAGGAAAAAAAGCUUGUCGGCACAAUGUGAUGGACCUAUCCCAAAGCGUCUUGAAGAUCGGUGAGUAACUGAAGGCUACAGGUUACUGUGCUAGGUCUGCUAACAUUCAAAUUUUAUGUCGAGAUGUAUAAAGCCUUUAAACUGAUCUGGGACUUAAUCAUUACAAUUAAGUAUGUUUCGACAUACACUAAAUGCGGAAGUAAGAGUAUGAGAUUCCAAAGCACGUCCCUCUUACAAUAUCCCAAAAGUCAAAAUAAGUUACGAUUUUAAGACGACGUUCACUGGCACUCGGAAGCAGCCAUGGGUCUUCGAACACAAUUGAUUAGGAAGGAUAUGCACAAUGGUAGAUACACGCUAACCACACUAUCAAUAAAAUCCACACUGGAAUAAUGCGGGAGUUUUAAACCAUUAUUCGUGAACGAACUCGGAUCUUCUGCAGAGUUUAGUGAACUACUACACUUAAGGUUUUGAGGUGGUUCACCCAAUGUACAUAGGAUGACUUCAUGACACUGUAUCUUAGACGAAUCAAUUCAAAUACUAGGGGAUUUCUCAUUUUGCACUCUGGGUGAUUUCACUUUAUAGUCAGACCUAAUGAAGCGAUACCUUCUGCAUAGAUUAUUUCGCCCAUUACGUAAUCUCACCUUGAGUAUUUAAUAUGGUAAUUGUCUAUCACUUUAUAUUACCUGAUGUUCACUCCAUUUAAUAGUCACUCAAUUAUAUUAGACCACAUUAAUUCAAGUGAUUAGUAUAUAC